GAUAGACAUGAGCAUAUAAAAGACAGACGCAGUGCUGUUGAUGGUACCGAUUGAGAUCAUGGCCUUCCUGCGCUUCAUUGACCGACAAGACACUCGCAAUGCCACACACUGCUCCUCCGUCGACUAAAUCGCAAAAGCCUUAUCAAGAAAACCCCAAAUGAUCGGUAGUGGCCUGGUGAUUUGGUGCCGCACUGGUGUUGAUGACUAAGGUCGGGAACCCCACCUCUGUGCUGUGUGGUGCACGUUUGCUGGUGACGUGUCAUAGUCACCGAAUCGACCGAUGAACAGAUGCCAUCAAAAGCUCAUCGAAUACAGCAGGCAUGGCGGACAUACUGCACUUCGAGCCCACUGCGUCUCUCAAAGAGCUCGCAGGUGUAGCUUAUCAAAACUGUCAAAACUGGCGUCAAGACCAUCACGAUCCGAAGCAGGUCAACAAGAGCAACCUGUACAAAUGCGACAUAACCACGGACCACGAGGAGUUCGUCCUGGCAUUCCUCAAGCAACAUCGCGACCAUUACGUGAAAUGGCGGGUGACAUACUCACCUUAUAUGCGUGGGCCUUACGAACUAAGAAGUGGAAGAGUUCGGUUUGUGCAGUCCAACCUAACCAUACUUCCUCUUGGCUGCGACUCGAAUUACGGGGUGAAGUCACGGGUACUUUGCGAGGUGGAGGGGACGGAAUCAGUUCUUGAUUGGGUGGCAGGGUCGGGGAUACUGAUCCCCGUUCCCUUCAUCUUGUCUUUUUCUGGGGGCCGGCUAGCAUUCCUGGUUCUCGAACUCGUGCCUAUAUCACAAUGACUCACACAAACCAUGGUAGCCUCCGUGGGGCCGCCUCUUGGUAUGCAGUCCCUUGGUAUGCAGUCCCGCUAAAAUCGACGUCAUGUAGAGUAGUGUCUCGUGGCAUAGUUCUGUCUCCGUAAAACUUCUUCAUCCCGUCUGUUUCACACUUUAC